AUGUCACUGCUUCUCCUUCAGCUGCUAGUGCUCUCACAUCUUGGAGCCACAGAGCCACAGACAGAUUCACAGCAAAGGAAAAGCAGAAGACCAUUUCAGCGGCUUUUCUACCUGGACAAAAAGCUGCUUGAGAGUCAAAGUUUUCGUGAGCUGGUGGGGGAAAACCCAGUUGAGGAAACUCUGGGACAACCAAGUUUUUUUGUAGCAAUUCCACAGACAGCAGGAGAGAGUCAGAAGCAAGGAGAGAAAAAAAUGUCGAGAUUCAUCCUUCCUAAUGCAGAACUCUAUGCAGACCAAGAUGUUAGAACCUGGACAGCACCCAGAGAGGUCUCUCCUGUGGAAAACUUCUCUCCAUCCCACUAUUCCGGCAAGAGGGACGUUGAACCUCCCUAUAGAAAAGAUGCCAAGAAAUUCUGGGACCACUUCAUGUUAAGGAAAAAUUCAGCUUCUGAAGAGGUUGUCCUGCCAAUCAAGACUAAUGAAAUGCACCAAGAAACCUGCAGAACCCUGCCUUUUUCCCAGGGUAUUGCUCAUGAGAGCUGUGAGAAGGUGAUGGUACAGAAUAAUCUGUGUUUUGGAAAGUGUAGUUCCUUUCAUGUUCCUGGUCCAGAAGAUCGUCUUUAUACCUUUUGUUCUCAGUGCAUGCCCACCAAGUUUUCCAUGAAGCGCUUGGAUCUCAACUGCACCAGUUCUGUCCCAGUGGUCAAAGAAGUCAUGAUUGUGGAAGAGUGUAAAUGCGAGAUUCAGAAGAUUAAAGAUCCUGUGCUUGAAUCUCAACAGUCAGAUUUGCAUGAAAAUGUACAUGAGCAAAAUUAA